GUAGAAAGCUGUCCUUGGUGAUUUUUAGAAUCACCUCGUCUUUGUGGUGAAGCUGAAAGAGUAGCUGAACCCAUGCCUCAGGAUGUUGUGUCUUUUGAGGAAGUGUCUGUGUAUUUCUCCAAGGAGGAGUGGUCACAGCUGGAUGCUGACCAAAAAGCGCUCCACAGAGAAGUCAUGUUGGAGAAUUCCAGGAAUCUGGCUUUUCUGGGCUAUAAUGGGCAAGAGAGUAAGAAUUGCAAGGAGGAAUGCCAAGCGAUCCAUUCGAAAGGCAGAAAAGGGAAAUUUUCAGAUCAGAUGCAACCAAAGAGUGAUGAAACAAAGCAAUCACAAUGUGGAAUUAAAAAAGGCUUUCCUCGGGUCAGUCAACUUUCUAACCAUACAAUCACUGAUAUGGAAGAAAGAUCAUAUCAAAGCAUGGAGUGUGGAAAGAACUUUAAUACAUCAGAUCAUUUGAUUUUCCAUAACCAAACACAUUCAGAAGAGAAACCAAAUACCUGCAGGGAGUGUGGAAAGAUCAUCUGUGAUAAUCACUCCCUUAGAAGACAUCAAAGGAAUCACAAAGGACAAAGACCUUAUAAAUGCAUGGAGUAUGGAAAGAUUUUUCCUCAUAGCAGUAGUCUUAAUACCCACAAGAGGAACCACACAGGAGGGAAGCCAUAUCAAUGCAUGGAAUGUGGAAAGACCUUUACUCGUAGGACUACUCUUAAUUCCCACAAGAGGAUCUACACAGGAGAGAAGCCAUAUCAGUGCGUGGAGUGUGGGAAGAGCUUUAGUUCUAGUAGUAGUCUUACUUACCACAAGAGGAUCCACACAGGAGAGAACCCAUAUCAAUAUAUGGAGUGUGGAAAGAGCUUUAGUUGUAGUAGUAGUCUUACUUUCCACAAGUGGAUCCACACAGGAAGGAAGCCAUAUAAAUGUGUGGAAUGUGGAAAGGGUUUUAGGAAGAAUUGUGAUCUUACUUGCCAUAAAAGAGUGCACUUGGGGGGAAAGCCAUAUCAGUGUAGCGAGUGUGGGAAGACAUUUACUCAGGAUAGAAAUCUUACUUCUCAUAAAAGGAUCCAUAAAGGAGAGAAGCCAUAUACAUGCAUGGAAUGUGGGAAGAGCUUUACCAGAAGUAAUUCUCUGAUUGACCAUAAAGCUGUCCCCACUCAGGGGAGAAAUUAUAUCAAUGCUGGGAGUGUGGGAAGAGUUUUAGAUACAGAGGUGAUCUUACUAGACAUAAAAAGAUUCUCAACUCGGGGGAGAAUCCCUGUCAAUCCAGGGAGCGUGGAAGGAGCUGUGACAAUGGGUCCCUUGUAGAACGGAAAAGUAUCCACACAAGGAGAAAAAAAAAUCUAACUAUGUGGAAUGGGAUUUAGGAGGAGUUGUAUUCUUAUUUUCUACAGAGGAAAG